AUGUACACAGACAUACCUAUGGUUGUAUGUGCGCCAACCGGAUCUGGCAAAACAGUCAUUUUUGAACUAGCUAUAAUACGGCAGUUGAUGAACUCUGGAACAGGCCCAUCAAAGGCUAAAGUUGUUUACAGUAAGUCACGUGUACACGUAGUAAGGAUCGAGAUGUAUCAAUCGAUUUGAUCAGUUUUGCCCUUAGAUCAGGACAGCCAAUGGACACCAUCGUCUGAUGAAAACCAGCAGUCAAACAGAUAAAUAUUGCCAUCAAUAACAAAGUGACUAUAGCAAGAUAAUCGAAAAAGCGAACUUAUAAUACACAAACCAGGAUAAAGAUAGCAUCUUUCAUGAUCAUUAGGUAUAAGGCGUUGACUAACCAGUGUUUAAGCAAUUGAAGAUUCAACUAAAAGCAUACUAACGUGAAGCAGUAUUAAGCCAGCAGUUUCAACGCCGGUUGUCAAUAAGUCAGUAAUAGUAAGGUUUAAGCAAUAUUUAGCUUAUCUUAAUAGAAAUAAAUUCUAGAUUCUUUCUCAUAAUACAUUAUUGAGCCUUAAGGAACAAGUGUCACAACAUAGAGUUUUAUUACUCGCGCAAGUAAAGAUUCACAAUGCGUCUGUAUCUAUUUUUCUUUUAUAGUGGCUCCAAUGAAGGCGUUGUGUAGUGAGCGCUUCAUGGACUGGAAAGACAAAUUUGAACCAUUCGGAUUAAAGUGUAAAGAAGUGACGGGCGACAGUGAGUUGGACGACUACUAUGAACUCCAGAAUGUCCAUAUUAUCAUGACCACACCGGUAAGCUCGGGGUUUGGUUCGGAAAAGUAUCAAUAGGGUGAUGCACUGUGCUGUGAGAAAAAAAGGCAUAUAUUGGCGAAAUCGUGGAACAAGGGAAUUGACCAAGCUCACAGCAUUCACCAAUGCUUGUUUCUGUUAACAUGGAUCAGAAAAAAGGGUGUGUUUAGAACUGAAAUUUGUACCCUACAUGUCAACUUAUAAUCUAGAUCAAACCGUUCAUUUGAGUCUUGACCUCCUAUACCAGGGUUCUUUCUCCGUAACGUUUCGUAGUUCUGUGUUUUAUGGGUGUAUAUCAAACUGUCUACUCUCAUAUACAGGAGAAAUGGGACAGCAUGACAAGAAAAUGGAGAGACAACAGGUCAUUGGUUCAAUCGGUCAGACUAUUUCUUAUUGACGAGGUUAGCACACUUUUACAGUAUACAAACCUGGGCAAAUUGUCUUAGAUAACUGAACAAGUUCCAAUGUAUAUUGACAUCAGGUUAUACUCUAGAAGUACUGAGAUAGCAGUGAGACGGGACCCACAACGCGUGACAUUACAACUUAGGUCCUUGACAUUGAUUAACGUACACAUGCUGUUAACGUAGACAUGCUGUGCUCGACCUUUUUCCCCUCUGAUCUAACUGCGACGAACGAACUAAAAGAAAACAUUGCUCAACAACAUGUACAUGGAAGGGAAGAAGGAAAGCAACGGGCAAUGUGACCCAAGUUAGGUUUUUAUUACCUAAUUUUUAUUAUUGCAGGCAAAUUAUAGGAAGCAUCGGUAUGAAAGUAUAGGGAGCAAGGAUUCCGACUUUUGGAUCAGUGGGAAAACAAAACUGAAUAGAACACAUGACUCAGUGGCAGAUCAGAGAAGUUGCCCUGCCUGAACGUAUCUCUCACAUCACCCCUUUAUGUUCACAGGUUCAUCUUUUGAACGAUGACUCACGUGGAGCUACAGUCGAGGCAGUCAUAAGUCGCAUGAAGACCGUUCAGUCUACCAUGACUCGAAAUAACACUGUCAGUCCAAACAGAGAGGGCAUGCGGUUAAUAGCUAUUUCAGCCACCAUACCAAACAUUGAAGAUGUAAGUCGAGAGGAAAAUAAUACUCAAUUUUCAUUUUUGUGUUAACGCCGCCCAGAGACUAGCCCUUGGCACCUUUUGUUGGGUUCCUUAAGUAGUGGUGUGGCUUUCAACUUUGUGUUGUAACAUGAGCUCUGGUCAUCAUUUUAAUUUGUCUGACCUAUACUUUAUUCUCUGAUUCGCCAGAUCGCUGCUUGGCUUGGAGGAAUUGACUCUCCAGCUUCACACUACAGGUAAAAAUCUGUUAUGUAAAGAACCGAUGUUACAUUAUAUUGGAUCAUCUGAUAUGCUGGAGCCAAUUUCCUGAGAUUUCUACUGAAUGCUACUUCGCGAAUUUCUUCGAAAGUUAUCGAUGGUCGUAACCGGCUAUAGGUAACCAGAGUCUCAUUUUCUCACAGGUACACACAGAACACGCAGAAAUCGUCUCCUCUGAGACUACGCAACGUCAUCCUCGGAGACCCAGGGGCAGAUGGGGGGCGACGGAAAGUCUAAACGGGGGGAAAAAUAAGGCACGAAGAAAAGUAAGAACGGCGAGAAGAGCCCCUGGGGACAAUGUCUUACCAGACCAGUUCCAAACGGUCGCCGCCGUUCUGGCUUCUGAUUGGUGCCAGAAAACUUGUGUUUUUCUGGCACCAAUCAGAAGCCAGAAUGGCGGCGACCGUUUGGAACUGGUCUGGUAAGACAUUGUCCCCAGGGGCUCUUCUGGCCGUUCUUUACUUUUCUUUUGUGCCAUAUUUUUCCGUUUGUUUAGACUUUCCCUCACCCCCACUAUCUGCCCCCGGGUCUCCGAGGAUGACGCAACGUGUGCACUCUUGUGAUAUCCCACUCGACUACCUUAAAGCAUAUAGUGACAUUUUUUUGUAAUGGCUACCCUAUUGUAUUUCGUUGUUUACAGUAUGGAUGAUUCUCACAGACCAGUGAAGCUGAGAAAGGUUGUCCUUGGUUUUCCCAAGGGAAGUAAUUUCUCCGACUUUCGCUUUGACUUGUCACUAAACUAUAAACUAAGUGGUAUCAUUCAAACUUACUCGGAUAGAAAGCCUACACUUGUGGUAAGUUAAACUUACAAGAAGAAAUUAGUUUCUUUUGUCAAGCGCCAAAGCAGUGGCGAUGGGUUGUAUUGAUGAAUUGAGAUUGUAAUUGCUGUUCUUCCUCAGAGACACUAUAGAGACAGUCCAGUCGUAAAAGAGUAUAUAUAGUGUAUAGGAAACCGUAAUGUAAUGGAACAAGAUAUAUCAUCUAAAAUACAACCUGGAAUGGAAAAAUUAUUCUAGGAGUCAUAGAAACAACUAGAGUGAUUUUUACUUAACCGUGAAAUAGGUAUUAGAAUACUACGCACUAUUAAACACUAAUUCUAUUGUCUUCUUUCGUUUAUUUGUAGCUAUUUUGCACUAGUUGCCGGUUAUUAUCUGUUUCACGGUUCAAGUAAAUCACUCUAUUACUAGUUCUUUGCAUUGCUUACAGUUAUGGAAUCUCUGUUACAUCCAGGUUCAAUUCAGUUAACGGCUUUCUAAUACAUCCCUUUUAUUCGUCAGUUUUGCUCAACAAGGAAAAGUGCACAGCAAGCAGCACAGAUGCUUGUUAAAGACGCAAGAUUUAUCAUGAACUCCCAGCAUAGACAAAGGUACGUAGAUGAAUCAUUUCAAAGACAAAGGAUAUGCCAGAUAAACUGCAACACAGCCAAAGAAUCAUAGUCAGCUCCCAGUUCCAUUUAAUGUGUCACUAUCAUAAAAUUCCCUUGUCAGCAUAUUGAUCUUAAGAAUAGAUCUUCCAUUGCAUGCAUAAGCAUUACUGUAACGUUCAAAGUUACGUGUAUUUUAAUCAACUAAUGUCUAAAUGAAAAAUAACUAUAAAUAGCAAAUAUUAUAGGUUACCUAUUUGAAACUGUAUUUUUUCUUAUUCUCUGAAGGCUUCAAAGAACAGCCAACUCUCUUCAUGAUUCUAAACUUAGAGGUUAGUUCCGGAUCUGCAACGAUUCGAAGUCUUGUGAAAUGAAUAAACCAUUCGACAAAAUAAACCAAGUAGGGUUUAUCAUUGCUUACACUUGAGUGUAAUAAAGCGUCGUGAAGAAUGACUUCACUCCAAUAAAAUAGCCACGUAGUGUUAACUUUGUUGAACACACCACAAGCACCAGAGAUCAACAGUAAAACUUACACCGACCAUCGGGACCUUCAAAGUUGAGAUGCUUAUAAACGUGUGAAGUUCUUCAAGUUUCUAAUACGUUAUAUUACCUUUUUUGACUGUAGAGCUCGUGAUAUGUGGGAUUGGGUAUCACCAUGCAGGACUAGAUCCCACUGACAGGCGAAAUGUUGAGACGAUGUUUAUCAAGGGGGACAUACCUGUGUUAUGUAAGUGCCGGCAGUUGGUCUUAUUUUUUUCUUUUCAUUACUUUUUUGUCUGUUGGAAAGAGCUUCCUGCGAUUAAAGCAUUAACCUUUGUGUCUCGAAAAAAGACGUAAAGGGUAAAAGUACGACACAAAUAACAGUCGUUAAGUUUUCUUUGUCUUUCUUCUUUAGUUGCCACCAGUACUCUUGCUGUAGGGGUAAGUUUUAUAGUGGAGUACGCUUAGUUUUGUGCGACCGAAGACAACGUUCAAAAAGUUUUUACAUUCAACAUUAUUGCUUCAUUUCGCUAGCAGUUAAGAAGACGAGAACACUUUAAAACAAGGAGUUAUUUUGAUAGGUGAAUCUUCCCGCACAUCUCGUUGUCAUCAAGUCUACCGCCCAUUACGUAAUGGGAGUUUUUCAGGAAUAUUCCGAAACUCAGAUUCUACAGAUGAUUGGCAGAGCUGGAAGACCACAGGUAGUCUUACAAUUACUUAUUUACUUGCAAUAUUUUCUUAUUACUUAUUCAUAUACAUCUCAUCUAUUUUCCUACGAUUUUAAAAAGCUGCAUGAUGAGCACUCGUAGAGAUGACAACUAUGGAAAGCUGGGGAAACAGGCGACCAUUCAAAAUAAGAUAUCGAGAACGGGAAAAAGAGAAGAGCUAAAACACAGUGUUUGAAAAGACGUAUUGUAGAUUUAGGGCAAUUUUGCCAUUUCUAUUAACCAAACCUUUUUUUUUUCAGUUUGAUACCUCAGCAACUGCGGUCAUUCUAACAACGAGCGCUAACAAGGUUUGCCAUAUCAUGAUUUUGUUUUCACAAAAGACAGUGCUAUACUGUCAGUUUGUGUUUCGAUUCAUUUCUAAGUUGUCAAAUGAUUCCCACCGUUCGACAGCCAUCUCCUUCAUUUAAACUGUGUUACAGGAAAAAUAUACCGGUUUACUUGAAGGAACUCAGAAGUUGGAGAGCAGGUGAGUUGAAAUAUUUGAACACUAGUGCUUUUCUUGAUUUCAUAGGGCUAAAUGGAUAGAUCAGCUGACAGAACGUUUGGAUUCUUUUUCUCUUAUACAAUAUAAUUGUUUCUGA